AUGCUGGCACCCCAAAUUGAGCUUGAUGUGGAAACUGUGAAUAGUCUCAAUUUCAAGCUGGCACUUCGAUUUGAUAAAGGCCAAAUUUAUUUUGGCCAGAACACUUAUCAAAGAAUUGAUGGUUGGGUCGUCAUUUUCAACCUCGUCUGGCCCAAAGAAGCCACCCUCAAUGGGACGAGAGAUCAGGCUGCCGAGCUCGAAAACACACCUGAGACCGUGAAUUCUACACAAUCCAGUACCAUUGGUCUCAGUCCAGGGGAAUACUCUAUUCAUGGGCUGUUAGCCAUCAUUGCCUAUCUUGAUUGGGGUAGUCCUGUAUGGGAAGAAUCCUAUUUGACAGACCAAGAUGGAACUAAGGUUUAUCUUGAUAAAUGGGCAGCAGAUUCAAGCAACAAUGCGUUGUAUAGUCAGGUUCAGCAGUUUAUACGAGAGUUGGGACUCUCAAAUAAACACGCAUCUUUACUCAUGCAAAACAUGCAAGUAGAUAUACCUAGGCCCAAAGUGAGUGAAGAAACAGUCGACUUCGCUCCCAAAAUGCUUCGAUUGCAACAAUACCCAUAUAUCAACCCAGCUAAACAGGGGGUAGAAGACACCGGAUCCUCUAUGACUGGUCAAACUGGAAAUCCUUAUAACUGUCUCUGCUUUUACGAGUUUGAUUUUGAUCAGGUCUCGUCCUUGCCAGAGGAUUCUAUGCCAUUUAAUGGAAACUUUGCAUGGCCUGGAGAUGGUUCAAAAGACGAGUCUUUGGGAACAUUUGCCAUCAAAAGCAGUGUGUUCCCUACAAGCAAUACUACUCUUCACUACCUUGUGCAAUGUAUCUGCCAAGAGGUAAUUGCAUACCCUCUUCCGCCUCAUGUGAUUGACAAAAGGCCUGGUGAGAAUACGAUGUAUUUGUCACAAAGGUUUGCCAAGAUCGAUGAUAUGACCAAUGAUGAAUACAAUGAUGUUCAACAAUUUCAAUCUGAAGAAGGAUACUAUGAUCUUAGUAAGUCCUCUGAUGUUCAGUAUUCCUGGUUGAAAUCAGUAUCUGCACUAGGAAACGAGAUAUUCUCCACUGAAGGAGGCUGGAAGGUCGACUACAAAUUAACUGCCGAGACAUCCGUACAUUUAGAUAUCGGACCGUCAGAUUCCCCCAUUUUUACACUCAGCGGACAUGUUAAGUACUUUGGUUCGAUCACUUGGCCCCAAGAUGUGGAAAAUGUUGCACAGUCUUAUCCUGAUUUGAAUCAUAAUGUAGACUGGACGGCCACAUUUAAUAUGGACAAAUUAGAUUCGGAUGACCCCACUGCAAAAAUCGGCAAAUGUAACCUCGACGGAGUGGGCGAUGAACAGCUGUUAGUUCCCUCAGAUCUCGAUUCUGUGGUCCCUACAGAUCCAGAAUCGAGCUGGGAUUAUUUCUUGAGGGGUUAUAGGAAGAUGGUUGGCGGAAUACUUGUGCAAAUACCCGACAUGCUUCGUUCCCCAGAUAUCAAAGUGGCGUGUCCAGGAAAGAAUGAGCUUGAGUUCGGAACCGCUGCGAUGAACGCAGUGGGCGAUAUAAUUGUUCCCGUUCGCUAUUUAGAGCCAGAUGCAAGUCGAGUAACCUGGAUUUCUACGCCAGAAGAUCACCCCCAGAAUACAAACACGGCUUCAAAUGUGGUUUAUACCUCUGAUACGUCUGUCACCAAAGAUAAUCCACAUAUCACCUGGACAGGCUCAGUGACCUACGACGCCGACACAAAAGAGGCGAAUCUCACACUCCAAGGAUCCAACAAAUCUGGUGCAAAAUUAGCCUUUAAAGCAGUUAAGGCUACUUUUCUGAGAAUGCAGGCUGUGAAUGAUCAUUGUCUUUGGAAUGCAGAUUGUGGUAGUUGGAGUCAAGAUACAAUUUCCGAUUCACAUUGGUCAAUCACAAGAGAUAGCAUCCCUCAGAACCUCAAAGCAAAAGUAGAGAUUGUGAAUAACGAGAUGCAGUUUACCAUUUCUCCGCAAGGAACUGCCGGUUACGCUGAUCCAGAUAGAUUUUUCAUAUCUUCAGGUGGAUCCUUUGCGUUGAAUUUGAACGGAAAAGCAAACACAGAUGGGAAUGAUGAUACUUUCAUUGUUCAGAUGACUGAAAACUGGGCUGGCCUUACAGUUUCAAAGCCAAUUAGUGGACGGGCAGAUGCUUUCAUCGCCAUAGAGCUCAAGGCGGAUGGUUCAAGCACAACCCCCUCCAUCAUUACUCAGACCGAGGCUGAUACUGAGCGAGGAGUGAAGCAGCCAUGA